UUUAUUCACUAGCUUUUUCAUUUUUUCGCCCUUCUGGGACUUAGUUAUGUGCUCAAAUUCUCGUAUAAUACAAAAAAGUAAUCAACCGUUGUUAAUUACUCAUAAUAAAGAAAUGAUAACACAAAAAAUUAGGCAGAUAAAAAUAUAGCAUAUACAAUUUGCAAACAAAACCAGAAUUAAAAAUAAUUAUUUCCAGAUUGACGCAGAAAAUCAUGCAUAAAGGUCCGAUUAUUGGUAUAAGACAUGUGCAGACCCUUCUCAUGUUUCUGCUCCUGUCAAUAGGGUACUCAAUGAGGGUAAAUUUGUCAGUUGGAAUUGUAGCCAUGACAACAAACGAUACCAGUCCUAACCCAGAUGUGCCAACUUAUAAUUGGAACAAUACAGGUUUGGUGCUAUCCUCCUUUUUCAUGGGAUAUAUUACCCUUCAAGUACUAGCAGGAGAAUUGGGAAAGCGUUACGGAGUCAAAUGGUUUUUGGUGAUCGCAAUGGCAGUAAACUCAAUUGGUUGCAUAUUGACUCCAGCAAUGGCAGCGUGGUUUGGUGUAUACGGUGUUAUGGCCAUAAGGAUAUUGCAGGGAAUAUUUCAGGGAUUCUUUUUUCCUUCAGUUCAUAAUAUACUGGGUAAAUGGGCGCCCAAAGAGGAAAGAUCUACUUUAGGAAAUUUUAUAUUUACUGGUGUGGCGUUUGGUACAAUUAUCGCCAUGCCAAUCACAGGGUUAAUAUCUGCCUCUUGGGCGGGUUGGCCGGUGGCUUUCUACGUUUUUGGCGCAUCGGGACUGGUAUGGUGUCUAGUAUGGCUCAUUUUGGGAUCUAAUAAUCCCGAAGAACAUAAGUAUAUUACUUCAGCUGAAAAACAAUACAUACAGACUUCGAUCGGCCACAUCGAGGGAACAGUGGUUCCGCCGACUCCCUGGAAGGCGAUUUUUAAAUCAUUACCAGUGUGGGCCAUCGUGAUAGCGAAUUCUGGGCAAAAUUGGGGAUAUGCCACUCUGUUAACUCAUAUACCAAAUUAUCUGAACCACGUGGCGCAUCAGGACAUUUCCAAAAACUCCAUAAUGUCAGCUGCACCCUAUCUAGCCCUCUUCAUUUUGGGAUUCAUGUUUGGACCAAUAGCUGAUACCUUAAUCGCCAAGAAAAUUUUAUCACCAACCAAUACCCGAAAAUUAAUGAAUUCCAUCGGGGCCUUAUGUCCAGCAAUAGUGCUAACUGUACUCGGAUUCGUUCCAGCUGAAAACGUAUAUCUUAUCGAGGCUCUUUUAAUUAUCACUGUUGGUAUAAACGCAGCCAUUUGGUGCGGAUUUCAGGUGAAUCCAGUCGAUUUAUCGCCAAGGUAUUCUGGAAUUUUGAUGGGGGUCAGUAACGGUUCAUCCAAUAUUUUUUCGAUUAUUUCGCCCUCAAUGGUUGACUUUGUCAUAUCAGACCUUAGUGAUCAAAAACAAUGGCGUGUUGUUUUCAUAAUAGCUGCGGCAGCCUAUACGGCGUCGAAUAUUUUUUACCUUAUUUUUGCACAGGCAGAACUGCAAUGGUGGGACUCUCCGGAAAAGCAUCAGGUCGAAGAGGGACACAAUUAUUUGCCUACUACGAGAGAUGAGGAAAAAAAAUCUUAGUUUUUUUGCAAUAUAAUUUAUUUCUUUUUAUAA